GCAGCCGCGGUCGGGCGGCCCGGCGGCGACGACGGGCACUGGCGGCCUGGACGAGGUCGGUUAAAGGGACGAGUUGCAAACAGUUCAGGAAGUGACAAGUCGAUUUCCUCCUCCCCGGGAGUCGCUCGGUACAAAGCGCUCGGCGCCGGCAGGAGAGCGUGCGCACGGCGGACGCGGGCGGGCAGCCCGGACGACUUGGCGAGCGCUAGCAGCGACGGCCCGCGUCCGGCGCGCACAGUUGUUGACUACUUUUGGCCAUUCUCAGAGGGCCUUGUCACCAGUCUGAGCAACUGAUGGGGAGCUGUUUCUAAUGACAUCACUCUAUGAGAUGCCCAGGUAUCACUGUUAAUCAAGUCUGCCCACCUGAAGAUGGCCUGUGCCCAACCUGGGAUGCAGCCCAGUGCCUGAGGUCCUUACCAUGGUGAUGAUCCUAAGGAGAAGCCUCAUUAACCAGGGAGCUGACUCUGUAGCACACAGGACCUUCAUCCCUGAACUGCACACGCCAAAGAUGAGUCAAGGACCUACCCUCCUCUCCUGUGGAAUUAUGGAAAAUGACAGAUGGCGAGACCUGGAUAGAAAAUGCCCUCUUCAGAUUGACCAGCCGAGCGCCAGCAUCUGGGAAUGUCUGCCUGAAAAGUGUCAGGAUGGCUCCCUGUGGCACCAGGAGGCGGUGACUGCCUGUGCAGUGACCAGCCUAAUCAAAGACCUCAGCAUAAACGACCACAAUGGGAACCCCUCAGCUCCUCCCAGCAAACGCCAAUGCCGGUCACUAUCCUUCUCUGAUGAGAUGUCCAGUUGCCGGACGUCAUGGCGGCCCUUGGGGUCCAAAGUCUGGACUCCCAUAGAGAAGAGACGAUGCUACAGCGGAGGCAGCGUCCAGCGCUACUCCAAUGGUGUCAGCCUCAUGCAGCGGAGUUCUAGCUUCAGCCUCCCUGCCCGGGCUAAUGGGCUCUCCUCGCCUUGCCACCAGUCGAGCCUGCACCACCGCUUUGGGGGACAACCCUGCCAAGGAGCACCAGGCUCAGCCCCCUGUGGACAGGUGGGCGAUAGCUGGAGCCCAGACCCACACCCUGUGGGAGGGGGCCGGCUGGACCUUCAACGGUCCCUUUCUUGCUCACAUGAGCAGUUUUCCUUCCCAGAAUACUGUCCCCCCUCAGCUAGCAGCACACCUGCCUCAACGCCAGAGCUGGCAAGACGUUCCAGUGGGCUUGCCCGCAGCCGCUCUCAGCCAUGUGUUCUUAAUGACAAGAAGAUCGGUGUGAAACGGCGGCGUCCAGAUGAAGUGCAGGAACAAAGACCUUCUCUAGACCUUGCCAAGAUGGCACAGAACUGUCAGACCUUCAGCAGCCUCAGUUGCCUGAACGUGGGGGUGGACAACCACAGCUCCCAGAGCCCCUUUGCCCUCGUCAGCAGUACCAGAUCCUGGACCGCAUUGCUCUCAGCCUCCAGCCCAGGGGGCAGGACUCCUGCUGGGACCCCAGUUCCUGAGCCUGUUCCCCACUCCUUUGAUGACCAGUUUACCUGCCAGGAGGACCUAUCCUGUGAUGAGUCAGAUGGCUGCAGUCUCGAGGAGGAUUACUGCAGGAAGGGGGAGCCGGCCACCUCCUGGCGGGACCGGGGAGCCUGCACGAACAGCCUCUGCUCUCUGGACGGCGAGCUGGACAUUGAGCAGAUAGAGAACAACUGAGGGCUGAGAGCCAUGGCCUGGGGAGAAGGCUUUCCUUCCGGCCUUAGGUCACUCCAAAGGUGAUCCUGGCACUUGGGUCUGGCAAAAGCUCCUCCAAAAAAAGGAGCCCACCCAUUUUCCAAGGAACCAGCCAUCACCCUGCAGUGCCCAAAUUUGUGAAGGCAACUUGGCCACACCUCACAGGCAAUAGCUGGCCUCCCACCAGUUUCAUAGAACUACUGUAGCCCAAAAACAGGUUUUUGGUUUGGUCCCCUCCUCUUUGUUCCUUGUGGAGUGCUGGGUAGCCAUUCUCCAGUAGGGCUGAGCCAGCUGCAUCCUUCAAACAGGAUGCCAGGGGCCCGAGCCCCUUUAUAGCCUCGCUCAGGUUCCUUCUGGGGAGUUACCCAAAGCCUCUUUUACUUAGUUUACUCCGUGCCUUCUCUCCAGGUCUCCCUGGCCCAGGCUUGGGAAGGUUCAGGAGACACCUCUUGUAGUGACAGCAGACCAUGUGGCCUUAAACCAUUUGGGGCACUUGCAGGGAUUCUGGGAUAAUCUGUAUCCCAUUUUUCAGGAUAAGGGGAUGACCAGAAGCCAUCCAUACUGGCUAGGCAUUUGGUGGUUGUGUUGACUGAAAGGUGGGCCCAUCAGCUCUCCCAUGGCACCAAGAAUCACCCACACCUCUGCCACCUCAGGGGCUGCCUUGGCAAGGCUGGCAUUGACAGCCUUCCUACUGUUCCCAGUCCCUGAGAGCUGAGCUCAGUGGAUUCAGCUGUGUAUAGAGAUGUCAGUGACAAGAUGACCUCUUCAUAGUGUCCUCAGGAUCUACAAGCAGGUGCAGGAGUCUCGGCCCUGUGUACAUUCCUGGGCAGAGGGAUGUCUGCUGGCUGCUUUGCAGGCUAGCCACUCUGCAGGCUUCCCUCUGUAGCAGUCUCCAUUGGGGGCCUGGAAGCCUCCAUCGCAUUCCUAGCACUUUGGUGCUUGUUCACAGACACUGCUGGCUGUAAUGAAAGCAUACCGCCACUGGCUUCAAGACAACCCCCCCCCCCAGUCCACUGAUGUGAGCCUAACCCUGAGGCUCUCCUCCGUAGGCCCAGCCACAGCAUGGCUUGAAUCACACUCCCCCUCGCAGCUCCUCACUCCCAGCAUAAUUCACAGAGGGCAUCUGUUCAGGCAGCUCCCCUCAGUCCUCCCUGCAGACAUGCUAUAGGGCUCUGCACUCUGGGACUCUGGCUUUUAGCAAACUUGGCAUCUUCUGCAGACAAUAGCAAGUGGGCUGGCUUACACAAGUGGCUUGUUUUCCCAUAAGGCUAAAAAUAACUGGUGCAUUCUCUUGGGUUCGCGGACAUGUGAUCUAGGCACGUUUGUAGUUGCUCUGCUGCGCCUUCCCUCUGAGGUUUCAUCCUCUGCUGGCUGAGCCCAAGUGGUGGUUACCUUUCUCCUAAAGAAAGACCUUUCUGGGAACCUUUUCCUUAAACGUUAAUUUGUCUAUUCACUAGAGGAACAGAGGCUCAAGUUCUGAUGUAUAGGCAAUGUUUCUUUAAAAUCAGACCCAAAGGUACAGGAAGCCCCACUCCUAUAACCCCAGGUUGGGUAGCCUGGUGGGUACAUGUGGUGGUGGUAGGGGUCCAGCUGACCUAGAGGGCACUGAAAAAGCAAAGUAGAAAGCUGGUGAAGGUAUGACAUACGAGCCCGAGCCCUGCCUGGUGGGCCACAGAGGAAAGUAGUUGAGAGGGCGUGGGAUGCACGCACCAGUGCCCUGUCCCCAGAAAGCCCACACUGAGGGAUUCCGUUAUCUGACAUAGCUUCAUGGUCCCUAAAGCCAUCCCCCGUGAGGAAAGGCCAGGCUGGGCCCUGCCCCCUGGUCUGCUUCACACAGUCUGCUAAGGCCAAAGCAUAGAACAAUUACCAGCUGCCUCUCCUGAGGACUGGGACCAGGAGCUCCUGGUGGCAGGUGUGUGUCUUAAGGCUGUUGUGUGGAUGACUUGUCCUUAGACUAGCUCCCUUGAGCCUGGUGACUGAAGGACAAACACAGGAAGUUGCUGAGUGACAGCUUCACCUUUCCUUCCUGCCUGUAGGAGACUGUUCCCUGGGCAGAAAUGCUCUAAACCUGGGGUAGGGAUUGGCCCUUUUAGCUUCCUCAGGCUUCUCUUGACUGUCACUGUCCCACUAAGGCCUCAGCCCAAGCCCCUAGCAAAAGCAGCCAGAAAAGAUGGCGGUAGCUUUUCUGCCCAGUGUGUUCAUUCGCUUUCUGAUGAUCUUCUCAUCAAGCAAAGCAGGUUUUGUCUAGAAGGUUUCCAGUCAGCUUUUAGCAGUCAUGUGACCCAGACAGACCCAUUCAUUGACCCCACUCACUGGCCCUAAGACCUCUGGGCUUGGAUAUCCUGGAGGAAGGUUCACCCGGGAAGUCCGAUCUGGCUCCCGUGUACUCAGCACCACAGGCAGCAGGCAGACUGGCUCACCCCACAGGGACCCCUGGCCUCAGUGCAGGCACCGUAGAAGCUGCACCUUUCUCCGCCUGCCUGUGGGUGUCAUCCCCCAGAGAAGCUGAGGAGGGGCUUGUUCACUCCCUUGCCUAGGCAGCCUGAAUGUCUAGAGCCUCCACCAAAGACAACUGGGAACAGGGCCCCUUAGCACAUGACGUCCCACUCACUCCAGAAGCCACCAGACUGACAGAGCUGCUCUCAGCUGGGUACCUGACCUGAAUUCAGGGUAGCAGCCUAGACAGUUUACAUAACUGCCCACUCUUGCCUUACUCAUGGGUGGUGAAGGUAAAAGCUGGCCAGCACCACGGCUCCCUCAUGUCGGUCCAUGAACUUGUUCUGCCCACACAUGCAGAUGUGUAUUCUCAGAAAGCCUUACUUUAAAAAAAAAAAAUUUUUUUUGUAGCAGUAAAGUUUUCUAAAUUUGUAUGCAGAAAGAGAAGUUAAGUAAAAGAAGGAUCCACAUUAAACAGGAAAUGUUCCCCACCCCCGAUUUCUACACAGGUCUCUUAUGCAGACCAGUGGCCAAACUUUAUUAUGGGUUCACUCAAUGUUCACAGCAGUUAGAACUCACCCCUGGAUCCUGCACCCCAUUUCCACUGAUGUGGUUAAAAUUACUUGAAUGAUGGCCACUUAAAAUGUAAGCCAGGUGCCAGGGCUCAGGGACCCUCCGCCCAUCCAGCCCAUGAUGCUGCCCCUUGCCGCAUCCAUGCUGCUGGUCCAACCCCUCCCUCCAGUGACAGGUCCCCGAAGGAGGAAGAGAAAGAUACUUUAAAAUUGCAGACUGAUGGAGUUCCUUUAGGCUAGAUAGGGUAGCCUGACGUAGCAUAGUCUCAUUGGCAGUGUUGGGGGCCCGCCCAGGGGUCAGGGACAGAUGGGCCCGCAGGCUGUGCUAGGGCCGUGUGUGCUGUCCCAGCCAGGCAGCAGCAGCGGUACUGUUUCAGGCAGUGUGGUGAAAGGUGUGGUGGGUCAGGCCCCCACGGGGCAGCAGCCCGUGCUGGGUCUUCUCACCAACACCAUGCACCACUGCCUGCCUUCCCCCCACAGGCCGCGACUGUCUUGCACUACAGCCGCUCUAGUCUCAGGAAUUUGCUUGUUACUUUUACUGUGUAAAUAAAGCUUCCUGGUUCAACACCCGGC